AUGCAUGCUGCUGUGAGGGCAGCGGUGCGAGCCGUGCAGGCUGUGCCGUGGGGUCAGGUGGAGGAGAGGCAACGAGGCACUACGAAAGAGGGAAGGGACGGGGCGGAUUGGCAAGGGUUUGGAGCGCAAGGGGCAGCAGUGGGGGCCGUGCAGGCUGUGCCACGGGGCGAGGUGGGGCAAGGGGAGAAGAGGCUAGGGGCGCAAGGGGAAAGGAUGCAAGGAGUGGACGGGCGAGGCAUCUCAAGUGCAGAAGCAGCAGAGGAAGCAAGUGCAGGAGAGGCAAGAAGUGCAGGGGAGGCAAGAAGUGCAGGAGAGGCUGCUUCUUUUAAGGGGUUAGUGCAAGGCCAGCUGCCACCCACCAGCGUUAGUGCUGAAAAUGCCGCUUGUGAUCUGAACGCACCUGCUGCAUCCAACGGCCCUGAUGCAUCUGCAGGAUUCAACGGCCCAGAUGCCCCGGCUGUGUUGCCAGAUCCAGAUUUCCUGCCUCCUGGGGUAACAGGUGAUGGUCAUGUGGAGUAUGCCCCUGUACCGUUCUCAACCGUUGGGUUUCCUGCAGAAUCAUCGCUCUGCUCCGAUGAGGAUAUACUUGCAGCAGCAGCGAUGGUCGAGGCAGCCAUAGGGAGUUUCGCUGCAGAUUCCAGGGUAAUUUACCCUUCCAAAAAAAGGGAAGGGGGAGGGGGAGGGGCUGGGGGAGGAGCAGGGGGGACGGGAAGUGGAGUGAUGCGAGUGCCGGCAAAAGUGGUGGCAGAGGGAGGGGUAGGGCCGGGGAUGAUCGUGAGGAGAAAAGCGGGUCAAGCCCCCCGCAUGUGGGCUGUCCCUACCAUGGACUUAGAAUCCGCUCUAGAGGCCGCUAUGGGGGCGGCUGAUCGGGUGGAGAAGGGCCCUCUCGAGGCUACUUGUGAAGCCACUUCUGAGGCGCCUCAAAAGGUCCCCCGCAUGUGGGCUGUCCCUACCAUGGACCUGGAAUCCGCUCUAGAGGCCGCUAUGAGGGCGGCUGAUCGGGUGGCUGGAAGGGUGGAGAAGGGGGUUUGUUGUGAGGCAGAGGCAGCAAAGCCAACGCAGCAGCACAGUGUCACGGCUGAGAGCGCUGAGAUGAGAGGAGGGAGGGAGCAGGUCCAGACUAUGGGUCUGGGUUCGGGGCCAGAGGCGGCUGUGGGGGUGGCUGAUAGGGUAGAGCAGGGGGGUUGUGACAUGAUGGGUCAGAGGAGAGGCGGGAGGGAGCAGGUCCAAAAGAUGAGUCUGGAUUCGGCCCGACGCAUGUGGGGUGUUCCGAGUAUGGAUCUAGAAUCGGCUCUAGAGGCUGCUGUGGGGUUGGCUGAUAGGGUGGCGAAGAGGGCGAGUGUUGAAACGAACCAGGGGCAUGCUGUAACGCGUAUGGAGGUGGACAGGUGUGAGAUGGAGCGUGACGGUGCUGCUUCAGCUGGGGUUGCGUUUGGAGGAGUGGGAGAGGGAGAGGGAGAGGGAGAGGGAGAGAGAGCAGAGGUGGGAGAGAGUGUGGGUAGGGUGGGAUCGUUUGCUUUCAGUGUUGGGGUGGAAGCAAGGCGUGACUCGGGUGUCAGCAGCACUGUUGCUGGUGGCGGCGGUGCUGCUGCUGCAUUGGAAGCAAGUUUGAGGGAACAGUACAGAGACAGUCGAGGAGAUAGCAGAGGAGAGAGCAGUUUUUCCCAUUCUCUUACGCCGCCUGGGUGGAUUUUUCCAUCCACCGCUUAUGACGCUCUUGAGGAUGCUCUUAGCGAGUAUGACGCUAGGAGUGUGAGCAUUGGCAGCAGAAUCAGCAGCUCUAAGGGGGGAGGAGGGUCGGGGUUUCCGAUUUCCUGCCUGGGAGGGGGGUUAUUAUCGGUUCCCGAGUCUGCUAAAAGGAGCGGCCUUUCCAGCCCUUCGUGCCUCAGCCCAAGGUUCGCAGCAGUGCUCAAGUCCCUGAGCAGGCCUGCCGGGGCGUCUAAGGCUAAUGCAAGUCCAGAGCGACAGGAGAAGGUGGAUGCAGCAACAAGGCGGCUGCUGCAGCUGCAGGAGCAUCUGAGGCGGCUGAGCAGACAAGGGCUCAUUGCGGGGGAUGGGGAGGACGAGGCUGGUGGGAGAGGGAGUGAGGGAGUGAGAGAGGAGGGCGCUUUGGAGAGCCAGGGGGUACAGGGGGUAUGUCAGGGGGUGUGCCGGGGGGUAAACGAUGGGGACCUUGUGGUUGAGGAGGACAGGGAUAGCGCUGCUGAGAGCCAGGGGGUAGGGCAGGGAGUAGGGCAGGGAGUAUGCCAGGGGGGUGUUCAGGGGCUAGAGCAGGAAGCAGAGCAAGGGAUCAUCCCAGGGGGUGACUCGCAUAUCAAUGGAAUCAGGCAGGAAAUCGUUCCUGAGGGCCAGACAAACGAGUUGACCUUUGGGUCGACUCAAGAGCCAAGGGAUGACUUGCACGUCAAUGGAAUGGGCCAGGGGGUUGAGCCUGAGGGGGACCUUGAGGGCAAUGGGUGGGACAUGGAGAGCCAGGGAGACAGUGGCAGCUUGGGGGUAAGCAGCAGUGGUGGUGGCAGCAGCAGGAGUGAGGGGCCUUGUGCGCGGCAGGCUAGUGUGAGUGGAGCUGCCGGUGCAGGUGGGAAGGAUGGUGGGAAGGGGGGGUCGAUAGCUAGAGUGCCCAAGAGCAAAAUCUUGUCACUGUUGAAGGGAGGAAAGGUGCAGGAGGGGCACGGAAAAGGGCACGGGGAUGGGAAGGGGCAGGGGGAGAGAGAGAAGGGACAGGAGGAAAGAGGGAACGGACAGGAGGAGAGACAAUCAGGGCAUGAGGCGAAGGCAGACGGCAUGAGACCAUGGAGAAUGAAGGGUGGUAAAAACAAGUUUUAG